AUGACGCUCUCGCGAUCAUCUCCUGAACUCGAGAUUCUGGCCAUCAUCGUGUCUUUCGGCAACACGGAUGUUGAUUCGUCGUAUCUCAAUAUCUUCAAGAUUUACCAAGCCCUCGAGCGCCAUCUGGAGUCAUUUCCCGAGGAGCGCGAACGUUAUCCCAACUUCGACCCGAAUAGGAAGCCUGUCUUGGCACGGGGUACAGAUUUGCCCCUGGAAGGCGCUCUGCACAGCGCUCAAUAUUUCCAUGGAAGGGAUGGCCUCGGAAACAUCCAAGGACGGCAUCCUGAACUGAACGUUGUGGCACCAGAUGCUUCAGGUGUGCACCCAUAUCUCAACUUGUCCGCGAAACCCGGUUCGGAGGUGGUCCUCGACAUCUUGCAAGCUCGGUCCAGCAGGAGUGUCUCUUACGUGGCCCUUGGCCCCCUCACAAACCUUGCGCUAGCACUGCGCACCAACGCCACAAUCGUGAGGGAACGCAUAGGACGGGUCAUUACCAUGGGCGGUGCCUUGGACGUUCCCGGAAAUACCUCCCCAGUCGCAGAGUUCAAUUUUUUCGCUGAUCCAUUCGCGGUGAAAGAAUUGCUGAUGCCGGCCGACAACGCCAAGGGCUUCCCCUUAGAGCGUUUUGUUCUUCUCCCGCUCGACAUCACCACGCCGCACGAGAUGCGCUUUGCGGACUAUAUCGAGAAGGUCGACCCCGCGUUCCGGAACACAGGGACCCCUUCUAUCCCUGGGGGCAAGCCUCCCUUGACGCACUUCACCAGCAGCUGGCUUGAACGUGCCCGAGAGGUGAUGCUCGAGUUUGGCAAGGAUGCCAUUGAGUUGCACGACCCCGUGGCGGUGUGGUGCGCGAUCGAGAAUCCUCCUGUCGAAAACGAAACCGUCGGCGGUAUUCCGCAAUUGCAAGAAGGUUGGAGGGCGACUGAACGCAAGUUCGAGGUCGAGAGAUUCGGCGAAAUAACGCGUGGUAUGCUUGUGGUCGACCGUCGGGAAGAUGCUGGAGCGUACGCCCCUGGCGUCAACCGAGCCCAAGCUCAGGCCGAGCUCGAACACUCACAGACGAUCAACCCUGACAAUUUCGAGUCAUUGGCAGUGCCUGCAGAGGUUGAGGUAGAAGCCGACUCUGCCAAACAAGACCACGGACGGGGCGUAGCAUGCGUUGUGCAAACACCUGGAUUCGACACAGCCGCGAAUUUGCUAUUUCAGCGCGUGUGGGGUAUCAGACGCGAGUAG